CUUCAUCUCAAUUCAAAAAAACCCUCUUUUUUUUUUUGGUUUCCUCCUUUUUCCAACGGAUCUAUGUACGAACAGAGGCGGAGCGAACACUGCCAUGAACAAGCCAUCGAAGCUCGGAGUGUUCGGAGGGAGGAGGAGCUCGGAGGCGGAGGUGGAGAUGAAGGGGACGACGACGAAGACGACGAAGACGAAGACGAAGCCGAGCCCUAGACGAAGCCCCCUCACCGACAUUAAUGGCGGCUCCCGUCCUCCCCUCUCCGGCUCCGGUGAGGCCCCGCGAUCCGGGUGCUUCCGCUUCCUCUUGUCCAAUUCCUCCUCCUCCUCCUCCUCCUCGAAGAACCCGAUCGCCCGAUCAAAUCGGACCCUAUCGACCCCCAGAUCGGCCCCUCCCAAUCCGCGAACCCUCCCCUCCCGAAACCCUAGAAACCCUCCGAAGAAGACGACGAGGCCGAGCGGUUCGAAGAAGCCAUCUCCCGAGCUCAGCUUCGAGGUAGGGUUCCACGGCGACGGCGCCACCACGCCGGAGAAGACGAAGAAGGCGGAGGCGAAGCCCUCGUUGAUUAGCCCCAAAUCAGGUACGAGCGCGACGCCCCCGAUUCAAGCUUCUAUCUCCCCCGAAGUCCCCUGCGCGUCCUCCGUGGCCCCGACGCCCGUAUGCUUCGCCGCGGGCCACGUCGUCGCCGGUGUCCACGAUCGGCGGAAGUGCCGGCCGAGGGGGAUUCUCGCCGUCGGCCGAGACGAGCCCGCGGAAUCGGUGGAGCUUCGCGAGAAGCACUUCGACGAGUCGCCGCUCUCUUCGAUACCGCCUCCGCUUGCUGGGGCUUCAAUUCACUGGCUCUCUUCUUCCCCUGGGGAUCCAAGUAGCAGCUUCAGUUCAUUCUCUAAAGCUCACUGCGAAGCCGAAGCAUCCGUAAAUUGGCUUCUCUCUCCCUGUGAGGAUGGAGAAGAGAGUAUUCACAAGGAAGAAGAGUUAAUCUUACCAAAAUGCUCUUUUUCGGCGGCUAAUUAUUCCGCCGAUCUUUGGAGAUUUUCUCACGGCGGCGCUUCGCCAUUACAAACAACACCAUCUUCGGGUUUCGGUAUUCAGAAAACUCCUACUACCGAUAGUAGUCUCAGUCCUUUCUCGAUGAUAUUGAAAAGGGCGUCGAAAUCGUCUAUGCCUAAGCUUCCUAGAGUUCAGCAAGAAAGCGGCGGCUACCGCUACGGCCCCAAUGCGGAAAGGUCGCCAUUUUCCGGCGAGUCAUCGUGGACUGAUAACACUUGCAAUGUCAAUUCGACAGCAAAACAAGCACCCAACUUUUCAGUACAUGAAGUGGAUGCCAUUUCAGAAGUUCUCAAAUCCAUUAGCUUAUCUUCGAAGAGAAUGGACAGUGAUGAAGCUAGCUUGUUAGCACUGUCGGUGCACAGCUUCCAGUUUGGACCCCAGGAAACGCCUUUCGAAUCGAUCGACUUAAGCUGUUUUAGAAAGCCAUUCUGUGACAAUAGCAUCUCUGGCAGAAAAGUUCGUUCGGCGACGAGAAUUUCCUGGCGAGAAGGGCUAGUUAGUCGGAUCUUCGAGAUGGGCGAGUUGGAUUGCUGCCAAUGGCUGUCGGAUGACGAGGAUGAGUUUGAUCAUGAGAGAAUUUCUCUGUCAAAAGACGGAGGGAACCGAGAGGCGGCAUGCGGUUUCGGGUCUGUCGAAUUCACUUGCAGUGGAAGUGGACACAAAGAGGGCGCCGAGAUCAUUUCUUCGGGACCAAUUUCAUGUUCGGACUCCAUUAGCACAGAAGGAGCUGAGCUGAUCUCUUCCGACGAUUCGAAUUGGACUCUUUUCUACAAGAACAAUUUGUUUGCGAUUGGCAUAUGCGAGCAAGAAGGAAAUGGGAUUUUCCGGUUCGCAUUCUCAUGGUAAGAUUUGUUUUGAAUUAGCAUCUGGAGCAGGUUUAAGCUUGUA